AUGUCUGAAGCUACAUCGCGGUCCUCCGCAUCUCGCGGUCGUGGCUCUGGCCGCGGAGGCAGAGGCGGCUUUGGUGGUCGCGGCGGCCGACGUGCUAAUGGCGAUAGCCACCAGUCUACCGAUGACUCCCUGGGCGCGUUCGACGAUGACGGCGAUCUCAGCGAACUCCGAAAGCAAUAUGGCGACAAGACGUCCGCUAUCCGUGAAAUGUUCCCCGAUUGGUCUGAGGCCGACAUUCUCUUCGCUCUGCAAGAGACCAACGGCGACCAGACUGAGGCUGCAACCAAGAUUGCCGACGGUACCAUCUCCCAGUGGGGCGAAGUAUCCAAGGCCAAGAAGCCAACUCGUCCCAAGGCAAAGGAAGCUUCCACCAGCACGGAACAGCCUUCGACCGCCCGAGCCACUCGUGGCGGCCGCACAGUUUCUGAGGGAGGAAGAGGCCGCGGCCGUGCUACUGAUCGUGGUGGCCGUGCCCCGCGCGGACGCUCUGAGAAGCCUGGACCCAACGGUGCUCGCAAGGAUGGUGAACUCUCAGUUCCCACUGAGGAGUCUCCUGCUUGGUCGACUGACAAGCCUGAAGUAAAGGCCGAGCCUACACCCAGUGCCGUUGAAGAUGUUGCUCCUGAGCCAGCCAAGCCUGCAGCUCCUGCUGUUAAGACUUGGGCUAGCAUGCUACGACAAUCUGCCCCUCCCAAGCCCGCACCGAAGCCUACCCCCAAGCCUGUCGAACCUGUUGCCCCCGCCCCGAUCGAACAGCAACCUGCUGCUGAAGAGGAAGAGAAGACUCCCGUCGCUCAAAAUGCCACAGUUGAACCCGUUGCAGUCAUUGAGGAGCCUGCGUUGCCGCCACCCAGAGAUGAUUUGACUGAAACCAACUUAGAACAGGUUAUUGAUGACUCCCAGCCGCCUGCCACAGGUACUGCCGCAAGCACCGCCGCUGACUCUUGGGAUCCUCGACAGAGCCCGCUUAGUUCCAAUGCCACACCCUUGUCUGCCGCCCAGCACCAGCACCAGUCUCGCGCCCCCAUCAGCGGAUAUGCUGCUUCUGCAAUUAAGGCUACUGCUGAGCGCACUUCUCGUGUUCCCAGCUACCAGCGCAGAGUUCUUGACCAGGAAGAGGCCGUUCGCAUGCCCGGUAACCGUGAAGUUGAUCGUACCGCUGUCCAGUUUGGCGCUUUCAACUUGACCGAUGGUGAUGAAGAUGUUGAUGGUGAACGCGAGGAUGCUGAGACCCGAGCUCAGCCCCCCGCCGACUCCCCUGUCUCUCACCCCCGCGCCUCACUUCCUCCUGUGUCCCAGUCUAUCGCCGUCCCCGAUGCUUUUGCUCAAAAGCCAAACGCUCCCGCUCCUCCUCCUGGUAUGGCUCCUGCCGGCCAAACCCCCCAAACCUCUGCUCCUAACCAACAGUAUGGUCGCUUCGGCGCCCAGGAUGCUGCCGCUGGCCAGAAGCCUUUGGACCCUUUCAACCAGCAGGCUGCUCCUGCUUCUCAACCCCCCUUCGAUACUCCCGCUACUUCUCAACCACCUACCCAUGGAGCCUUCAGCUCUGCCCCGGGCGACUACUCCAACUACUACACCGCAAACCAACCCGACCGAAACCCUUACAACUACUAUGGCCAACAGCAACAGUAUGGCCAGCACCAGCAGGGCCAGCAGGACGGUGCUGCUGCGCAGCGCCCUCUCGGUGGCUACCACGCUACUCAAACUGAUAACCUUAGCCAGUACCCUCAAAGUGGCAGCAUGCAUUCGCAGCCGCGCUUUGGUGGAGCUAGUGACAGCCAGAACAGUGGCCACUCGACCCCUAACCCGACUGCGCAGGCACAGCAACAAUCUCAGGGCCAGGGCCAGAGCGCCCAGGGCUCUCAACCUCAAGGCCAUGGACAGCAGUACCCUAGCUAUGGCCACUACUACCACCCCUACUACCCUAACAACUACUACUCCGCAUACGGCGGCCAGGGAGGCUUUAGCCCCUAUGGCAGUAAGGGCGGCAUGUACGGUCAGCCCUACGGCGUCUCGCCUAACGGUCCCUACGAUCAGGCAUCGUCCCAGGGAGGCUUUGGUGGUCCCUCUUCUCUUCAUCGCGAUAACAGCGCCAGCGGUGGCCUAGGUGACUAUGGUCGCACUGGUGCCGGGCAGGCCGCAGGUCAGCCCGGUUUGGCAGGAGCUGGAUUUGGCACGACGUCGCACGAUAGCUUCCAGCGCGGAUCUGGUUCUUUCCAGUCUGGCAGCCAAUCGUACGGUGCCCAGUCUCAGCAGGGUGCCAACUCCAGUGCUGAUGACCUGAAGCCUUUUGGUGACAACAAGACUGGCUCCGGCCCCUCUCCUUCUCUCGGCGGUGCCCGCCCUGGUUCUGCAGCAAACAACGCUGCUGGUUCGCAGGGCAGCGGCCUCCCUCCCCCUCAGGGUGCUGCCUACGGUGCCUACCCCAACCAAGGACAGGGUCUCCACGGCAGUGGUGGCUAUGGCAUGGGCGGUGCUGCUGGCAGCAGCCAGCAUGGUAAUGCUCCCUACGGCUCCUACGGCCAAGGCUUUGGCGGCAGCGGCUAUUAUGGCGGUGGCCAGCAGCAGCGAGGCUGGGGAGGAAACUACCAUUAG